AUGUCGAGCAUCCCAGUAAAGGAGAACGGCGGAGUGUCAUUUCCCUAUCCGAUGCUAAGUCCUCACAAUUAUACUGUGUGGGCAAUAAAGACAGAGGCGAUCCUUGAUGCCCAGGGAGUCUGGGAGGCGGUGGAGCCAGCGGAAGGAGCCCAGGUGGAUGCAAAGAAGGACAAAAAGGCACGUGCAUAUAUCCUGCAGUGUGUCCCCGAAGACAUCAUUCUCCAGAUCGCAACAAAAAAGACGGCGAAGGAAGUCUGGGACAGCCUCAAGACGAGGUACCUUGGUAGUGAUCGGGUGAAGAAGGCACGUGUACAAACAUUGAAGAGCGAGUUCGACGCUCUCCGGAUGAAAGAGACCGAAACGAUUGAUGAGUUUGCUGGCAAACUCAGUGCCCUAAGCAGCAAGUUCUCCACCCUUGGUGUCACGCUUGAAGAUUCCUCGUUGGUAAAAAAAUUGCUCGAUUCUGUCCCUGAUAAAUUCUUUCCUAUUGUUGCUGGUAUUGAGCAAUUCUACGACCUUGAGUCUAUACCAUUUGAGGAGGCUAUAGGGCGACUGAAGGCGUACGAAGAACGAACGCUACCACUACGCAGCAACACCAACGACACUGAAGGUGAGCUCCUAUUAACCCAUGCCGAAUGGCAAAUGCGACAGAAGGGGAGCAACGUGGACACUUCGUCAGGAGGAAAGGGGUGUGGGUCCAGCAGCCCUAGUCGUGGCAAAUGGCGUGGACGUGGGCGAGGGUGCGGUCGUGGUCGUGGUCGUGGUACGCAACGCCAAGACAGUGCAGGAGGGACUAGCGGCAACAACAGUGGCUAG